AUUUUAAUAACAUCGAAUACCAAUUGACCAUGAAAUAGUUAAAUAGAUGAUUCCAUUAGGUAUUUCUAGUGAAUAUGCUGAAAAAUGUAUAGAAGCUAAUCGGCAUAAUCAUGUAACAACUACAUAUUAUCUUUUAUUGAAAAAGUAUUUAUUAGCAGGUAAUAAAUCAAUAGCAGGUAAUUAUGAAAUACAUUAAAUCCUUAGAUAUAAACUCUGAAUAAUUUGAGGCUCAAAGGAUAUCGAUUAGAUAAUCGACAUAAACUGAUAGAAAAUACAUUAAUUGAAUAAAUCCUCUACCAUUAAUACAAAGAAAAUGUACUUAUAUAAAUUAAUCAUUUAAGCAAGACAUACAUUAUAAAGAGAAGAUUCUCCUGUAGAUCCAAAACCAAGAUUAAAUAAUUCUGUUAAUACAUAAAAUACAAUCUUUUAAUAGUAAUCUCCUACAGUAUUGAAUUAAUCUGAAGAUGUGAGAAGAAAAGUGACUUUAGAUUUAUAGAAGACAACACUAUUAGAAUCCAGUUUAUUAUAAUAAUCUAAUGAUGUUAAAGUUUUGAAAUUGAAGACUCCAAUUUGUAGAAAUUAUAUAUU